UCGGGGGUCACGUUAGCCUUUUUAUAUCGUCACAUUCCAGCUGCUCCAAAUCAGCGAAGAAGAAAAGGCCCCCUCAGCUGAGGAAAAUGGCCGACGUUGAGAUGGACAUCACGUCCAGAAGAAUGAAUAAUGGCAACGAACACGUGAAACAAGAUCUGGAAAGCCAUGAAAGAAGUGGAAACGAGGACAGUGGCGACAUGUCUGAGGAAGAAGAGGAGGAAGAGGAGGAUGCUGAAACUAAUGGUGAGAAGACAGAGGAGGGGUCCAAACAUCACAGCAGCAGCGGUAAACACAAGAGGAAAAAACACAAGCAUCGUAGUAAGCACAAAAAGCACAAACAUGCCUCUGAAGAGGACAAGGACCGAAAACGCAAGCAUCGUCACAAACAUAGGAAACACAAACGCAAAGAAGGAUCCUCACCCUCUGGUGCUGUCCUCUUUGGCUCCUCAACUCAUAGAAAAGUUGAAUCCUCUCCCUCUUCUGGAAAUCCAAGUCUGGACGACCGAGCCUUGCUGGAGGAUUUGGAGAAACAAAGGGCCAUGAUCAAAGCUGAGCUGGACAGCCAGUUGAUGGAGGGCAAGGUUCAGUCUGGCAUGGGUUUGAUCCUUCAGGGGUAUAACUCUGGAUCUGAAGAGGAUGGAGAUGCAAGGUUCAGAAAUGGAGAACAGCGUCAAAGGGGCAGCUCAGGUAAACCCAUAUCUCCCAGAGGGGGAAAAGGUGGGAAAUCUAGACGGGACUCAACAGAGGGCAGUAAAACCAGCUCUAAGCGUCGUAGUCGGAGUAAGUCUGCAGACAGGCCUGCCAAGGAGUCUAAGCAAGACAAGGUGACCAAAGGCACCAAGGACACAGGUGCUAAAGACAGAGGCCGUGGCAGGAGCAGGUCAAAAGACAGAAAGCAUUCAGACAGUACUGAUAGGUCCAAGGAGAGAAGGAAGUCCAGCUCUCCUUCCAGCUUUAGAGGAGAGCAGAGAGUCAGCCGCGCUGAUAAACGUUCCUCUCCACAACGGGAUGACAGACCAAACCAGGACAGAGCAAGCCGGCGGUCCAGAUCACCUGGGAGAGAACGGCCAAGUCGCUCAGAAGCUGACCGGGACAAGCGGCCAGCAAAGUCCCCAUCCAAGGACGCUUCAUCAGGAAAAGAGAACCGGUCCCCUCAUAGGCGAGGGCCUCACAGCCCUAUGAGGAAACGCAGUGCUUCCCCUCGCCACAGAGAUGCCCACCAUCCCUCGGCUAGUGCCUCAGACAGGACAUCUAAGCAGAGCCACUCUCCAUCCAGAACAAGGUCCUCACCCAGGAGAGGCCGCAGCCGCUCAACAGACACCAGGAGAAGGGAUGCUGACAGGCAGGACUCACCGCUGAGGAAGCGCCCCCGGCCAGAUGCAGGACCAGGCAGAGAUAGAUCACGAGAAAACAGCCCUAGAUCAUCCUCUCGCCGCAGGAUGAGUCGCUCACCUCUAAGACGAAGGUCCCCAUCACCGCGGCGACGCUCCCGCUCAUCCCCCCGCAGACGGAGCAGGUCUCCACUGAGACACAGGUCUGAUGAAAGAGACAGAUAUGGUCGACUCCGACAGUAUAGACGCUCAACAUCUCGUGAUCGGGAGAGAAGAAGAAGGCGCAGCAGAGAUGAAGACAAGUUUAAGGGCAGUCUUUCAGAGGGCAUGAAAGUCGACCAGGAGUCCUCAGAGGAAGAAGUAUUGGAGGACUUUGAUGGUGAGGAGAUCGAUGAAGAGGCUCUCAUCGAACAGCGCCGCCAGCAGCGCAUGGCCAUUGUCCAGAAAUACAGGGUCGUGAACGAGGAUACCAACAUGAUAUCGGAGCCCAGCAGCCCCCAGAGCAGCACACGUAGCCGUUCACCCUCGCCCGAUGACAUCUUGGAGCGAGUAGCCGCAGAUGUUAAGGAGUAUGAACGAGAGAACCUCAACACCUUUGAGGCCAACAUCAAAGCCAAGCACAACCUCAUCGCCCAGGAGAAAGACGGAUCCAACCCAAAGAAGCCUUCAGCCCCUGACAUGUUUACAGAGUCGGAUGACAUGUUUGCUGCUGACUUUGAUAGUGCCAGGAUGAGAGCAGCAGGUGUAGGAAAGGACUUCAAAGAGAAUCCCAACCUCAGGGACAACUGGACCGAUGCUGAGGGUUACUACCGGGUGAACAUUGGGGAGACGCUGGACAAGCGCUAUGAUGUUUAUGGCUACACGGGCCAGGGUGUGUUCAGCAACGUGAUCCGAGCCAGGGACACUGCCAGGGCCGGCCAGGAGGUGGCAGUGAAGAUCAUCCGAAACAACGAGCUCAUGCAGAAAACUGGUUUAAAAGAGUUGGAAUUCCUCAAGAAGCUGAAUGAUGCUGAUCCUGAUGACAAGUUCCACUGCCUUCGCCUUUUCAGGCACUUCUACCACAAGCAGCAUCUUUGUCUGGUCUUUGAGCCUCUGAGUAUGAAUUUGCGAGAGGUGCUGAAGAAAUACGGCAAAGAUGUUGGACUCCACAUCAAGGCUGUGCGAUCAUACAGCCAGCAGCUCUUCUUGGCUCUCAAGCUGCUUAAACGAUGCAAUAUCCUCCACGCUGACAUCAAGCCAGACAACAUCCUGGUAAAUGAAUCAAAGACCAUCCUGAAGCUGUGUGACUUCGGUUCUGCAUCACACGUCGCGGACAAUGACAUUACACCGUAUCUGGUCAGCAGAUUUUACAGGGCUCCAGAAAUCAUCAUAGGAAAACCAUACGACUACGGCAUUGACAUGUGGUCUGUGGGCUGCACUUUGUAUGAGCUUUACACUGGCAAAAUUCUGUUUCCUGGAUCUUCCAACAACCACAUGAUCAAGCUGGCUAUGGACCUCAAGGGCAAAAUGCCCAACAAGAUGAUCCGCAAAGGCUUGUUCAAAGACCAGCACUUCGAUCAGAAUUUGAACUUCCUGUACAUUGAAGUAGACAAAGUGACUGAAAGGGAGAAGGUGACGGUGAUGAGCACCAUCAACCCCACCAAAGACCUGCUGGCAGACAUGAUCGGAGGCCAGCGACUGCCUGAGGACCAGAGGAAGAAGGUAAUGCAGCUGAAGGACCUGCUGGAUGGCACGCUGAUGCUGGACCCAGCCAAGCGCAUCAGCAUCAACCAGGCUCUGCAGCACCCCUUUAUCCAGGAGAAGAUCUGACCCACUGAACGCCACACACUCCCAGAGCAGACGGACAGAAGCAGCUCUGACAGGAGCUCUGCAGUGAGGCAGCCAACCCACAGACUUCUUUUCAGAAUGUCUUUGUUUUUUUUUGUUUUUUUUUUUUUUGUUCUUCCUCAACAUUAUUUUGUUUAUGGAUACAUAAUUGUGUUUCAUUGUAAAUAGAUCAUUGAAAUGGUAGCCAUUCUUGAAGACACUGAUUUUUGCAGUUAUUGUAAACUUCCCCUCAUACCCCGCAAUGCAGUUAACUUUUUUUUUUUUUAUUUAACUGGCAUUGGAGUGACAGAUGUUUAAAAGAAAAAAAUAUAAUUCCUGUAAAUACUGUAUGUCUAUUGCAUUAACAAUCUCAAGCAGCAGACAGUUAAAUUUCGUCGUAGUUGCAGAUGUCUAAUUACAUCUUUUCUUUUUUUAACCACAUUGCUCAUUGUGGGGCGAUGCAUGCUUUUGAAUGUGCACCCUUUGUGCUCUAGAUUUCUGUGGUGCAGGCCUGUGUAAAUGCUCUGUAUGUGCAUCAGUGUCCCACAUGUGACAGCAGACGCCCCUCUAACCAAGUCCUCAGACCUUCAGGUUUGAGCUGAAGGAAUAGAUGCAUUCACCUUAUGUACUCCUUUUUUUCAACACAGGUAGUCAUUGUUUUUUGUUGCUGGACAUUUCCAUGUUUUUUUUGUUUUUUUUAAACCUUUCUCUCCCUCCAGUACUCUGGCUCGGCCCCUGGCUCUUAAGGCUCUCACAUUCAAGUGCCUCCUGUAUGAGCCUCGUAUGUUAAAACACCAAACAAUGCUGGCCUACUGAAGCCUCACCUAUGACCCUCCACUCCCAUUGCUGUAUAUAGCCCAUAGUUACUGUCAUUUCAUGUAUGAUUUAUUUGUCUUUUUCCAUUAAGUGGUUAAAAAAGAUCCAAUCUUGUGAGUUCAAUAAAGAGUAGUUGUGGAAACGCUGCUGAAAGAGCA